AUGCAUACGAACUGGAUUCCGGCAACGGCUGGUAACGGGACUGCGACCAUACUCUCAUGCCAGUCUGGAACUAGACCGGUGGAACCGUCCCAAAAAAGAGAAGGAUACACCAAGAAAGCACCAGUAUCCACCUUGGAUCAGCGUAAACUAUCGCCCACCGAUUGGCUCGAUCUAUCUGGCAUACCCCGACCCUCUAUCAGGUUUCGGCAUAAGCUGAAUCCUCGAUGGCAAGCGUGCUAUCGCAAAUCGUCAGGCGUGCGAUUACCUUUCCCUCCACGCUCCUACGGAUUCUUCUACUAUCACCAGCCUCCAGGCGCACCUCUUCUUUCCGGAGAACUCCGCUUCCGCCUCACUUCCAACAAUCUUCCCGAAAGUUUCAAUCAAGGCAAAGAUUGUCUUACCCCAGAAGGAGACGCUUGGAAGAUCCCCCUCUUUGUCCUGCAUCAUACUCCAUUUCAUCGGCAUGUGUAUCAACAACUUCGGGUCGAUGGGUUCGUCUCCGACGCACUAGAUUCACAGCUCAAGAGCAUUGCACAGACUUCGGUCCGUCCCCGGAGCAACAGCGUUAUUCUACAUUCGCUUCACCAAGUAUUUCCUAUUGAUUUUUCGGCAAUGAAAUUCAGUUUCUUCGUGGCGGGAGACUCAACUUUGCAAAAAGUUUUCAUUGAACGUCCCUUCCGACUGUGUGUCGAGGGAUACGGGAGGGCAUCUUGCUACACAGGUAAGGGGUUGGUCCGCUUUGAGCUGUCAACACUACCAGAGCAUGCAGGUACUAGAACGGUGGUGAUGCGUGUCGUGAAAUUAGUCGGAGAUUCUGGGCCUUACAUGGGGAAAGAUCGACCACAAGAAGGAGCCUUGGUAUUGCGACAUCAUCCUGCCGGCGGGAAACCCAAGUUGCUCUCUCUCAACGUUGAUCGGAAUACACCUGUAUAUGGGUCAAAGGGCUUUUCGCAUCCUGAUGGGCUGCCUUUGCUUAUCGCAAAUACUUUUGGCGACAAGCAGUCUAGCCCAUAG